CUUUCCAAGCCUACAGUCAUGCACUUUUCAAGGCGCAUGUCUAGGUCCGUGAGUAAACAGGAAGUUAAGAGCCUCGUUUCUGAGCACUGUCGAGGGAAAGCCCCCCAAACAAGGUGUCAAAAUCAGUUCCCACAACGAAAUAAUAAGUCAUUAGCAUUCCAUCACACAAGAUUCUUCAUUCGUCGAACAAACAACUGUGCAGCUAAGCUUGUAGCGUGUUUGGAAAAGGUCGCUCAAAUUAUCAUCGUCCACCGACGCUGUAAGCUUUUAAAGCUGUUUCCAUUGAUCCUGGAAAGGCAGCAAACCACGUCCUUCAGCGGGGAUAGAUGGCUGGCCAUAAGGCACAAGCUCAUGAAGAACUGAGAAGGCCAUUGCUGUCUGGCGGCGAGGACUACUACGAUGCUUUACCAGUGUUUACUGGCUCCUCUGGAAGCGAUGAUUUUCGUGGUGGAGCAGAAGUUCGGUUCAUAUCCUUGGAAAACAAAACAGUGUUUGACAAAGUGCAAUCACGGAGUGGAAACGUCGCCAAACAGCGCGUUUAUGAUGGAGUCAUCCAGAUGGAAGCGGUUUCCCCAGUUGGUCAGAUCCUAAGCAUUAGAACAUGGGUUUUUCGAGAGCCAAAAGCUGCGGAACUCCACAAAGACCGAAACGGACCAGUGGAACUACAAGUUACAUAUGGACAACACAGUAUAGAAAAGCUAUUCUUCUCUGUGAACUUGGACUCCAUUUACGAUGGCCCCAUUGCUCCAGUCUACGAGCUGGCCAAAGUAGAAAUGGACAAAAGGAAUCUUUUUCAACUUCUAGUUGAGCUGUCUUUUCAUAAUGGAGCAGAAGAAGAGACACAGUCUUUUUAUAGUACGCCAUUCUUGAUUAGGAGCAGGCCCAGGAACAAUCCGAACAAGCCAAAGCCUGGGACGAAAAGGCCGAGACCUGUUCCAGACAGCGCAGAAGAAGAAGACUCUUCUGGUCAUUACAGUCCAGACAGUUCUGUUAGCAUGGCAGGUAAGAAAGUUGUUGUGAAUAAUCUAAAGGUAAAUUAA